GCCCUUCGCUCAUCAGAGGGAGACGGUGCGCAGCUGGCAGGGGCGCAGCGCGGGGAUGGAGACGGGAGGAGCGCGCCCUCCGGCCGGCGGGACGGGAGACGUUUGACCCGCCGCACCGGCCCGGCGGGGGGGGGCCAGGCAUGGCUGAGAGUCUCGCAGGGGGUCGGACCCGCCGCGCUUCUCGCUCCCCCGCCGCCGCCAGGAUUCCUGCAGCUUCUCCACGCAGCGGGGGCUUCUAAGGAGAGGCGGCUCCGGGACCUCGGGGGGGGGGUCGCUUGGAUCCGGGGCAGCCGGAGGCCUCCAGAGCGGGAACCCUGGCCGAGCUUCGCCGGGCCCCAUGCCGCCCCCCUGGACUUCCCGCUCCCCUGCGGGCCAGCCAAAGUAGCCGGCAGGAAGAAGGGGGUCUGCGGAGAAAGCGCCCAUGUUCCACCCCGGCUUGAGCGAGGCGGGCAGCGGCUCUGGCAGACGCGCCCUACCCCGGGGCCAGCCCGGGGCAGCCUCCGAGCGGGCGCGGGGCAAGGAGAGCGCCAAGGGAGGAGGAGGAGGAGGAGGAGGAGGAGGAGGAGGAGGGGAGCUCCAGGACCUGGCGGCGGGGACGUCGGCUUCCAGCGCCCCUUCCCAAGAGCCCACCCCGGAGAGCGGCAGCCACUCUCCCGCGGGCGAAACGGAUUACUGCCGCCGGAUCUUGGUGCGAGAUGCAAAAGGGACCAUCCGGGAGAUUGUCCUUCCCAAAGGCCUGGAUCUGGACCGGCCCAAGAGAACCCGCACCUCCUUCACCGCGGAGCAGCUGUAUCGGCUGGAGCUGGAAUUCCAGCGAUGUCAGUACGUGGUGGGCAGAGAAAGGACGGAAUUAGCAAGGCAGCUCAACCUUUCGGAGACCCAGGUCAAGGUCUGGUUCCAGAACCGGCGCACCAAGCAAAAGAAGGAGCAGAGCCGCGACUCGGAGAAGCAGCGCAGCGGCGCCCCCGGCCCCUCCGAGGCUUUGGCCACCUGCAGCCUCCUGAGACUGCUGGAGCAGGGCGGGCUCCUCUCCGUGCCGGCGCCCCCCGCCCUGCUUCCCACGAGCCCCCACCCGCCCGCCCGCCCGGCCCCUUCCCCGGGGCGCAGCAGGGCGGGCAGCCCCCCGGCCGCGGGCGCCUUCAGCCUGCGCCUCUCCGCCCUGGCCGAGCCGGGCCCCCCCCCGGCCCUCCCCGCCGCCCCCCUGGCCUUCGGCAGCCCCCUGGCGGGAAGCCCCCCGCCCAAGCUCCCGGCCGGCUACGGCCCGGCGCCCUCCGCCUUCGAGCCCUACGCGCGCCUGGCGAGGAAGGGGCGCCCCACGCGCGGACAGCAGCCCCCCAGCCCCCUUUGAAAGGGGGGCGCGGGCGUCAGGACUCGGGGUCGCGGGCAAGGAGGGCGCGCUGAGCCUCCCCUCCCCCGCCCCACCCC